ACUGCGAAGUUUCAUGAAAAUAGGUUCGUACCUUUCAAGAUCAAUUACAUGAAAAAGUUGAUGUUCACCUAGUUUCAAGAAGCUUCGUCCUUUCUGUAGGGUAAGGAGUCCGGGGUUUUUAUCCAUAUUAGUGAUUCGGAUUGGUUGAGGUGACGUGCUGGAUGCGAUGCAGGGGUUAAGAACGAGGAAUAGGAUUGGUAGGAUCGAGUUCAUCUGAAAUAUUGAGAAAGAAGUGCAUUAGUUGGUGUGUGAUGACUACGUGGUACUUUUUUCGCUUCCUCCUGUGGAAAGAAAAUUGCGGUUAGUAUAUGCGUUUUAAAUUGUCUUUAUGUAAUCUACGGUUUGAUUCAUCGAUAAAGGUCUUUAUUCUAUCUUCUUUGACCUGGAUCUUGGAGUAUUUUUGGUCAGUUUUGUUUCUGACCCCCUGCUUUUUUAUGUAGACUUGCUGAUUAUCUGCAAGUUCUGGUUGUACUUCGCGGUACUUGUUCUGUUGGUUGCAGUCUUUUGUUUGGGUUUUUUGUAAUUGAAUAAUAACUUCGUCAUAGAGUUUAUUUCUUUUGGUUAUGAUUUCUUCUAAAUCUAGUGGUCGCUCUUCAUUGUCUCUAAUGCCAAAGAAGAUUUCGCGGGGUUUUAAUUUUGUAGCGGAAUGAAUCGUCUCGUUAUAAAGAGUGCACGAGAUUCGGUAAAUUUCUUUAGAUGUCAGAUCUUCAUGUCUUCCUUUGACACAUCGAUAGAUUUCGGCUAGGGUCGAAUGAAACCGUUCGACUAUGCCAUUUGUUUUGCUAUGGUUUACUGGUGUGAAGUGUAUUUGAAUACCAAGAUCAUCUAAUAACCCUCGAAUUUCUAUUGAUUUUAUAGACGGUUCGUUAUCGCUAAUAAUAAGUUGAGGUUUUCCGUGAAGGCUAAAAAUUUUUAGUAAACCUUUCCUAACGUCAUUUAUGUUGCGAGAUUUGAUAGGAAUAAUAAUAGCGAACCUCGAGAAUUUGUCUACGGCUGUUAGAAAUGUAUCAGGUUGGGAUAUAAAGAUGUCUGUAUGAAUAAUUUCAAAUGGUCUUUUUGGGAUGGGUGUUUGUUGAAUGGUUAUUUUAUAUGGGUGCCGAUCGUACUUAUUUUUAUUACAGGUUUCGCAGAGUUUUAUGUAUUGCCGAAUUUUUUGUUUCAUUUUAGGAAAAUAGAAAUUGCGUGAUAAAAGCGUAUUGUACUCCCAUAUUCCUCUAUGGGCUGAACUGUGUAUUUGUUCAAUUUUUUCAUUCUGUUCUUCUGGUGUUCUUAGGUCAGUGAGAAGAGUUUGUGCAAUCGUUAUUCUUAGGGCCCUGUUUUGGUUGAAGUAGUUUUUAUACACGACUUGAAUGGUGGGUAUGACUUGUUCAGGACAGAGGAUACAGUUUGAUUUCCGAAUGUCCAUAUAUUCUUUAAAAAUUCUAAGCACUGUUGGUACUCCGAAAUUUACUUUAGUUAUGGUCCUUCUGUACACCUGAGGAAAAACUUCUUCUAGUACAUCGUCUUCGGGUGCACCGAUUUUUAGUAUAAUUUGAUUGGAAAAACAAUUGAUUGGUCUCAAUGUCAUUCCUACGAAUUCGCCGUCAUCUGUGUCCGCGGAAUGUACUGUGGCGGCGUCUGAACUAUUUUGUUGAUCCGCUUCAUCAUCUAUUUCGUUUACGUUAAUUUCUGUAGGCAAUCUCGAUAGCGCAUCAGCAACAACAUUUUGUUUGCCUGGGCGGUAUCGAAUAUCGUAAUCGUAUUCUUCUAAUUGAAGCCUCCAUCGAAUUAAUUUGUUACUUGGGUGUUUCAGAUUUAAUCCAUAGGUUAACGGUUGGUGAUCGGUGUAUAAUAUAAAUUUUCUACCAAACAAGUAUGGGCGGAAAUACUUGCAAGCCCAAACGAUGGCCAGUAAUUCCUUUUCAAUGGCCGAUAAAUUUUCCUCUGAUUUGGUCAGAGUUCUUGAUGCAUAGGCCACUGGUCUGUCGCUACCAAUUUGUCCUUGAGACAGAACGGCACCAAUUGCAUGAUUCGAUGCAUCCGUAGUCAGGACAAAUUGUUUAUCGAAAUCUGGGUAUUGCAAGAUGGUGCUACUUGUUAAAAUUUGUUUGCAGGCUUCAAAUGCUUCUAAAAAGUCUUUCGUGUGCACUAUUGCCUCGCCUUUCCUGAGUGAUUUUGUUAGGGGCUUUGCAAUUCUAGCAAAAUCACGGAUGAAUUUCCUGUAAUAUCCCAAUACGCCAAGGAAUCCUCUUAAUUCCUUUUCGUUAGUUGGUACAGGCCAGUUUCGGAUGGCUUCUAUUUUCCCGGGGUUAGGUUUAACGCCGUCCGACGUAACAACAUGCCCUAAAAAUGAGGCUUCUUUCUGCAAAAAUUCACUUUUAUCGAGUUGGAUUUUCAUAUUGAAUUUUUGUAGGCUUUCAAAUAUCUUUGCCAGGUUUUCGAUGUGUUCUUGAAGACUUGAAGAGAACACGAUGAUGUCAGCCAUAUAUACGAGACAUCUUAUUCCAAUGUGUUCCCUUAAAAUGUUGUCCAUCACACGCUGGAAGGUGGAUGGUGCAUUCCUGAGUCCGAAGGGCAUUCUCAGGAAUUCAUAAUGUCCGUGUUCUACGCUAAAUGCGGUUUUCGGAACAUCUUCGGGAUGAACUUCGAUCUGAUGGAAACCAGAUGCGAGGUCCAAUGUCGUGAAAUAUUUGCAUCGGCCUAACUUGUCUAAUAUGUCGCUGAUAUUGGGUAUAGGAUAGCUGUCUGCGAUGGUUUUGUCAUUGAGCUUUCUAUAAUCAAUGACUAACCUCCAUUUUUGUUGGCCCGAUGCGUCUAACUUUUUUGGAACCACCCACACUGGGGAGGACCACGGACUAUCUGAAGGUCUGAUUAUGCCUUGAGAUAACAUUUUUGCAAUUUGUGAUCGAACCUCUUCCUUGUGGCAGAAGGGGUAUCGGUAUGACUUGGAAUGGACUGGAAGAUCGUCUUUUGUUUUGAUGCGAUGUUUGAUCGCGUUGGUGAAGGUUAAAUUUUGAUUUUCCAAGUGGAAAAUGUCUUUGAAUUUUCCAAUAAGGUUAGUGACUUUUUGCUUUUCUUCUGUAUUGAGAUGGUCUAACCUGAGCGCUUUGGUUAAAUUCUUUGGGAGUGUUUCGUUUGAAGAUUUAUGACGCACUAGGUUGAAAUUGUUCAGUUCGCCAAAUAUGGGUCUGGUUGGGUUGAUUUUCACAGCUGUUUCGCUGAUAUUUUUAAUUACCACUGUUGCUUUAUUAUUUCCUGCUCUGUACAGUCCUGGUAGCACCACAACAUCGCGGCUUAGAGGUAAUUCUUUUUCAAUAUAAAAAUCGCCUUGAGAUAGAUGGGAAGGAAGUUCCAGGAGUUUUUCUUCGUGUAUGUUUAGAUGCGUAGUGAAGCUGUCUGGAUAUUUUCUCAUCAUUUGUAUUGUAUAAUCGGGAAAUUUUAGACAAUUAGUGGAGGUUGAAAUGUCAGCGUUAAGUUGCGUCAGUGUUUCGUAUCCAAUGAGCCCGUCAAAGAAUGGGUGAAACUUGAAAAGAAAGAACGUUAUUAGGCAAUCCAUGUGACAUUUAGUUUGGCAUUUCACAAGUGGGUUGACAAGUGGUUUGACAACCUAUAUGAUUUGAUCAGUUGUCAUUGUCGAAUUAGACGGUAAGGUGAAAACAUUUGGCAUUUCUACGUUAAUUUGGUGAUUGUAAAACGAGACAUUAAACAAAACAAAACAACUCUGGAUUUCAUUUUAGCUUGAAAAUUUUGUCGCAGGAGCCUAUUUAACUUUCUGUAUCUUACCAGUGAUAAUAUGAAGAUGCCACCAAAGAAAAAUAUAUCGUCAAAGUUGCUGAAAACACCAGCUGUAUCACUUGCUACUGGCCAUUCGCUGAGCAUGUAUGCAACUGGAUUGUCGGCUGAUCAUUUGCAACGAUAUUUGGACAAAAUUUCUGUAAUCGGAAACCAAGACCCAUAUUUACUGAACAUGAAGUCAAGUCACCUUCCGGAGACCAUAUGUUAUGAAUCCAUUAUCGAUUACGCACUUUUCAAACAAUCAGCUUACAGCGGUCAGUUUUUUCAAUGUUUUAAAGCUGUUGAAGCAAAAAAGCGUUUUGAAAGCGGCAUGGUGAAGCUAGUGGAAGGAGCCCCACUGGGAGAAUUCUAUGCUGUUCGUGGCAAAGUUAUGCAUUCUAUGAGUCUCAAUGACCCAUGCCUCACUCCUUGGCUCAUAGUAAAAGGACGAGAUGUAAUUUCCGCACAUUGUGACUGCAUUGCAGGCAUUGGUGAAGUAUGUUCCCAUGUGGGAGCAGUGUUGUAUUAUCUAACCAAUAUGCACUACAAUCAACUUGUCCACAAUGGACCUAGUAAUGUAUUGGCAGUGACAGAUGUAGAGCAACGGUGGGGAAGGCCAACUAAAAGCAUUCCGGGAAACUUGCAACUACCACUUGAUAAAAUUGAUUUCGAAACUAUACACAGUUCCUCAGAUGAUGCUUACGGAAACGUCCCAAUGUUGUUAAUCAAAGAUAUUCGUGACAAAUUGAAUGAACUUCAGAAGAAAGAAGUACAAUGUACAGCUAUGCAAACUUUUUGCACUAAGCAGAACGCAUGUUUUAAGUGUCAGAAAAUUGAAAAGGAUCCUUCGAUCGCAUUACAACCGAUUCUUUUGACUGAUUUGUAUGAUAAAAAUAAUAGAGAAAUAAGCAUCGAAGGAUUGCGGUUUAAAUCAUUAACAUUGUAUGCAAAAAUGCAAAAGGAGAUAAACCAUGAUAUAAGGUUGCAAGUUGAACGUGACACACGAGCACAAUCAAGUUGUGAUUUGUGGAGCCUUAUGCGUAUAGGUAGAGUUACAGCAUCAAUGCUAAAAAAUGUAUUGUCCACAAAAAUAGAAAAUCCAUCUAUUUCAUUGCUGAACGCAAUAUGCUACCCCGACAAGUCUUAUUUUUCGACUCAAGCUACGCGUUAUGGAAAAAAAAUGGAAAAAACUGCACUUCGCCAAGUAGCCGAUAUUUUGGUUAAAAGCCACGUAAAAGCAACAGUCGGAGAGACCGGAUUGAUUAUUCACAAGCAAUUUCCAGAACUGGCUGCUUCGCCAGAUGGUAUUUUAAACUGUGAAUGCUGCGGAAGAGUUCCGAUUGAAGUUAAAUGUCCGUUUAAUUUCAAAGAAGAGGAUAACGUCAUGCUACGACUUUCUAAAUGUAAGCCUGCCUGUAUCGCUAAAACGAAUGCUGGAUUUGAGAUGGUACAAAAUCAUAAAUAUUUCGCUCAGGUACAAAUGCAAAUAGCACUAACGGAAGCCCAUUAUGGAUAUUUCUAUAUUUGGACUAAAAAACAGACCUUUUAAUACGUGUAGAGAGAAAUGCGGAUUUUUGGGCUAACGCUGAACACAAAGCUUCCAUUUUUUUUAAAUCAGUUAUAAUGCCAGAAUUACUUGCCAAAUACUAUACUAGAAAACUGGAAUUUUAAAAUUUUGUCAAUGCUGUGUAAUAGAUUAAUGUGAUUAAUAAUGAAUGUAUUGAUCGUAUCUGUUUUUAGCGUUUUUAUAUCUUUAUACUCUAUUGGAAGUCUUAUCUUAAAAUACGUUUAUUUA